AUUACUUACUACCAAGUACCAGAAGCAAAUUGGCGGGGAACGAGACAUCUCUGAACCCAUUCAUCUGAUUCUGGCGGGAAGAGAGAGAGAGAGAUGGGAUCGGAAUCCAUGUCCACAACUCCGGAAUGGGCAUCGGAACCUUGCAUCAUGGGCAUUGACGAAGCCGGGCGUGGUCCUGUUCUCGGACCCAUGGUGUAUGGAUGUUUGUACUGCCCGAUUUCGUACCAGAGUACUCUCGCUUCUCUCAAAUUCGCAGAUUCAAAGACUCUAAAAGAGGAGAAGAGAGAAGAACUGUUUGAAAAUUUAAAGGCUGAUAAGUCACUUGGAUGGGCUGUUGAUGUCAUUGACCCCAGGGAACUUUCAGCCAAGAUGCUUGCAAAAAACAAAAUUAAUUUAAACGAGAUUUCACAUGACUCGGCAAUGGGGCUCAUCAGUAGGGCGUUGAACAUGGGAGUUCUUUUGACAGAGGUUUAUCUGGACACUGUGGGAGACGCUGAGAAGUAUAGAGCAAAACUGUCUGAGAGGUUUCGUUCGAUAAAAUUUGUUGUAUCAAAGAAGGCUGACAGUCUUUAUCCUGUUGUUAGUGGGGCAAGUAUAGUUGCUAAGGUAACAAGAGACCGAGCAUUGAGAGAAUGGGUGCUAGAGGAAACUGAAGAAAAUGUAAACAGGAGCUUUGGUUCUGGAUAUCCUGGAGAUCCUGAGACGAAGGCAUGGUUGGAGAAUCAUAAACAUUCAGUGUUUGGAUUUCCAUCAUUGGUCCGAUUCAGUUGGGGAACUUGCACCUCUCAUUUGAAAGAUGGCAUUGAAGUUGCGUGGGAAUCAGAUGAAACUGAUGAAAACGGUAAUAGCGGCAGCAGUCACAGCAAGCGGCAAGUGAAACUAAGCAGCUUUGGCUUCACGGCAUGCAAGAGUAGGAGCGAAGAAAUCGAAUCAAGCGGAAAAGGACGCUGCAAGUUUUUCCAAUCACGUAAACUCCAGCAACUCUCUCAGUUCUAGCUUCAGACUUGCAUAUUCAAAUAUAACCAUAUGCCAGUUGUGUCCCAUUUGAUACUGGUUUUGGUUUCAGACAACCACAACAACAUGUUUAUUCAAACUGAAACAAACUGUCUUCAAAGAUUGAUUGCUACAUUGAAA